CCUCGGCGGCGGCGAUGGCGGGCGUCCGGCGUGGGUGUGCGAGGGCUCGUUCCUCCUCGUUGGCAGCUGGUGCUGUGUGCCUUUAAGUGGGGUCCUUCCUUUCCUUUUGUACUCCGAUAAGCGCUAUUAACAGAGUGGGAAGCGGCAGGGACUGGCGUUGACCUCCUUAUGGCAAGCCUUUCUCCUACUGAAAUUAGCAGAGGAAAAAUCUAAUAGGUUUGUAUGUAUCCCUCACUGCCGAGCUCUGUGAUACCUACCCAGUACUAAUGAGCAAUGCAAAUACUGGUAACGGCUGCACAAAAGCCUACUUACUCUUUCUGAAUCGCUUAAUUUUGCAAGCUGGAAUAGCGUCUCCUCAGGAUAACUCUUCCAGUUCUAUGUUGCACUAUUUGUAAUUAGUUUCACUUACGGGUAAACCACAACAGCCAAAUUCACAUUCAUAGGUGCCAUUGUUUUAGCUUGCUGCCUCGUUUCCUCCUUGCCCAGAGGGUUUUCAGUGUUGAGCCCAGGCCAGGAAGGAGAAACGGGGAACAUGACGUUCUUACACAAAAGAUUAGCAGGCAGAGGUGGUAGAGUAAGGACUGUUUGUUUUGUUCUCAUCUGGAUCAAGUGGAAAGAAGCCUGUCCUGCAGCUGUCCUACUCCAAACAGGACUUGCACAAAGGCCUCCAGGGGCCUCAUGCAAGGAAGCGUUCCUGCCUUUAAUCACAGUUUAGAGGCAGUUAAUUGCUAGACUUCCACCCCAGAGACCAAAGGUGGAGUUAGUAAAUAGAAGGAAAGACCACUAGCAGCAGUUAAUAAGGGACAGAUUGCCCUUUUUUCUCAUUUGACAACAAUGAAAAUAUGAUGCCUGCUACUGAGGCAAGUAUAGCUGUGUCCUAAGGAAGAGGUACAAAGACCAGGUACAGAGCUGCGAUGCUCACCCUGUAUUUGAAUCCUCACAGAAGCUACAGUGCAGUAGAUAGAACUUAGGGAAAGGAAGACCAGAUGCCUGAAGGUGACAGGAGCGAAAGAGAUUCCACAGAGAAGAAAGAUCAUGGAUUGCUACAGGAAGUAUGCAGCUGUCACUUUGACCAUUUUGUCUGUAUUUCUGCAUCUUCUUCAUACUUUCCCAGAUGGAGAGUUUCUCAUGCAGGGUUGUCCAGAGUGCAAGCUAGGGGAAAACAGAUUCUUCUCAAAACCAGGAGCCCCCAUUUACCAGUGCACUGGGUGCUGUUUCUCCCGGGCCUAUCCCACUCCAAUGAGGUCCAAGAAAACCAUGCUUGUUCCAAAGAACAUUACAUCAGAAGCAACGUGCUGCGUAGCAAAGGCAUUCACCAAGAUUACCCUUAAGGACAAUGUGAAGAUAGAGAACCACACAGAUUGUCACUGCAGUACCUGCUACUAUCAUAAAUCUUAAAGCCUGUCCCUUUGUUAAUGAUCAAGGACAACGGUGAAUGGAAUAUUUGUUUUUCGGCUUUUAUAGCGCCGCUGUGUAUAAUCUUGUGUUUUCUGAUCAAGACACUGAGUAGACUUUUGAAUGAGAUGGAUGGCUGUUUUAUUUCCUCUUUGCUUCUUCAUGCAUUUAAGUAAGUUUAACUAUUUCCAUUAGGGAUUAGAUGCAGCACUUGCAUGACAACCAUAAGCUCGACCUAUUUUUAAAAUAAACUGUCAGAUAAAUUGUCGAUGUUUCUUGAGGAAAAAUGAUGAUUUCAUAGCUUAAAACAACAAAAAAGAGAUUUUGUAGGAGUUCAUUUCUAUGUUUUUUUGUUUGUUUUUGUGGCAAACAGAGGAAGGAGGAAGAGAGGGGUGGGAAAGUGGGCAGAAAAAGAAACAGUAAUUUCCCCUUAUUCAUUUAGUGAUGUUUGGAUUUUUUUUUUAAACACAACAGUUUGUUUUUCUUGCUUCUUUUCUGUUUUUUUUUUCUCUUUAACUUGUGGCAUAAAGUUUAACAGCAAUCUGUGCAAUGUACUCUGCCUUUCUGUGCCAUCUUUGAUUUUGCUUUGAAUUUAAUCUUCUCCCAUAUCGAUAAAUGGACGCAGAAGGAGAUCUUGUAAAGACCUAUGCAGUGUAGCAGCAGUAGAGGAGAGGCAUAGCACAUCUGUAUUAGCUAUUUAACGUGUGGCUGAGCAGCAUGGCAUAGGGCUUUAGUAAUUCCCAAAUGCAAUGUGCCAGACUGAGAUAUACAAAUGGGAAAGGAAGGGACUGUAUUAGGUCCUAAAUGGACCACAGAACACAUAUUUAGCAUCGAUGACCUUCAAGUUGUAAAUGGGGAUUUUAGAGAUAGCACUUGUUUGGUUGUAGUAGGUUGGAGUGAAGUCUCUGGAGGAACUGCUUGUGAAUCUGCAGCCUGCCCAUAUGAAUGUGAAAUACAUAAAUUCCACUUGUCUUAACCCAAAUAUCUGUAAUGAGAACAUCAGUCCUGCUGUGAUCACUAAAGGCAAGGGUUUAAAUGUGCUCUCUCAGAAGGCCACAGAUAUAUUUGCAGGGUACUUCCCUGCAGCAGAUACUGUGAGGGUCAUGGUACAAAUGUGUAGCAGAGCUUCUGAUGGAGAAAGGGGAGGGCACCUUGGGGUGAGGCUGUGAGUAUGGCUGCUGUGCCCUGGGGCAUAGCCAUGGCUGAUAUCUGCUGCAGUCCUAAAUGACAGACCUCCAGGGCUAGCCUUUGAUGAGGCCCUGGAGCAGCCCAGGACUGGCAGGAUCUAAUGAUGACUUAAAUCCACUGUACACUCACACCUGCUGUUUUCUAAGAAUACCAUAGGGUUUUGUGGCAAAGAUGACUUCUUCUUGUGGAUAGAGAAAAAAGCAAAAUUAUUCAGCAUAUGUCCAGUAAAUCCUGAAAGCCCGAUCCCCAGGAUUUGAUCUCUGGUUCAGUCUCAUCUCUGGAACCACCAGUCUGACCCAGUCCUGUGUUGUACUGCAGAGUCAGCUGUGCUGUGCCAUUCCUGGGAGAUGUUUUACCUAAUUUGCUCCUGGAGAAACUUCCAGUGGUUAUUCCAGAAUCUGUCAAGGAGACUGGCUCUGUUACUUCUGAUGUCACUAAGCUGGAAAAAAAUCACUCUCCUGGAAAGUUUUUUGUGAUAUUUUAUGUAUGAUAUCUUUGCUUCAGUAUUACUUUUGUUCAAAGGGGAUGUAGUCCAGCAGGGUGGUCUUUAGUAUGAGUUUAAUAACAUCAGCAGGAAAGGUUUUCGUAUUGAGAAGUCUAAUUUCUCAUUCUGGAUCAUUGCUCAAUACAUUAUGGGAAUACAUGUCAAGCAGCCUCUAAAGCUGACUCACAAUUCCAACCUGUUGUGCAAUUUUAUUAAACAUGAUUGAUGCAGAUACUUUUACGGGGAUCCGGGUUCUGCCUGGGAUUUCUAGGCAACGAGAGAGGAGUGAUCUGAAGCUGCAAGCUGAUUGCCUUUGAGAAUGGUAUUGCAAUUUCUCAUAACUUUGACAGGACUGAAAUGGAGAGCAGGGAAACACAUUCUCCAAGGUUGCCUUGCAGUGCCUAUUUGCCCUGUGAAAUGUCUCCUUGGGUGGAUUCUAACUCAAGUGAGAUCCUCCAACAGCACCUUUUAUCUGCUGGUCUAUUCCUUCCUGUCCUGCCCAGAAGAGCAGUUUGGUGACAUGAUAAAGUUCUGUUUGCAUCUUUUGAAACAGCUUUCAUCCUUCUCAUUGUAAAAUCAUAGAAAUAUUGAAAAAUGGUAACAAAUUAGAGUGAGAACCAUGCUUUGAAGAAGACAUGAGAUGCUGUAGCCUUGUAUCAUUCUAGAAUGCCUGCUCUAUUUUUCAUUCUCUGGCUUAUUCCCUCUUGCUUGUACAAAACCACUUACUCCUAAAUUUCUCAACUUGUGGAUCCUUCUCCCUUCUGAAGCGACCUUUGCAUCAAGGGCUGGCAAAGUGUUUACUGUGAGGGCAUAUGGAAUGUGCGAGCACCCCCUUCAUUACCUUAUCUGGUUAAAGCCCUUCAGCCUGAAAGAAACACCGCUUAACAAGGAAAGUAAUAAAUUAUACACUGAGAUACACAAACCUAGCAGCAGGUGAUAAGGGAGACGAUGACAAAGAGCAGACCCCUUCAGCCCAUGACCGAUGGGUCUUGGUGUUCUGAAGGAAUGGUGGCAGCACUGAGGGUGUUAGUGGUGGCAGGCUGAGCUUUGUGAAUGCUGAGAAGCACGGCGAGACAUCUGAGAGAGUCUUGUGGGGCGGUGCAGAACUUACUGUGGGGUAUCAGAAGGAGCUUGUGGGGUACUUAGAGAAAGGGCCAGAGGUGGAAAAAAAGAGGUAGCAGUGGUCAGGGGGAUUGGGUUGAACUGGGGAGGAGCAAGCAUGUGAAAACAGGGGAGAGAGGGGUAUUAAAGGGCCGGCUUUGUGUAAGCAAGAUGCCAGUCAAUAUGCUUUAUCUGACUGAGCCCUCUGCUUGAUCACUGCAGUCUAUCCCAUCUUCUUAUUAAAUCCUUUACUUAACUACUUUUUUUUCUGUGUAAUCUCACUCACUGUCCUAUAUGCAAGUGCAGCUGGAGAAGGGACCCAUAGAUAGGUCUUGGUGCCAGCAGCUGGAGAGACUGAUAUGCCAAAGAGUGGUAGCAUCUGGGGGGACCAGGGUGCAUGUUUAUGUGAAUAUCCAGUCUGAGUCCUGAGACCCAGAGUGCCCAGGAAUCCCAGCUGGGCAGUAGUGCUCAGCAAGGAGACAUCCUGGCCCUAGGGCUUGCAGGAUUCAGCAGCCAGCUCUGAACAUAUACAAUCAAAAUACAUUUUUGAUACUGCUCAAAUCAGGACAAGACUGAAUUGUUUAUGUGUACAUGUGAGUAUGAAAAGCAAAGCCAUAGCAAGGAAAGUGGUGGUGCUCAGCGAGUGAGCUGGUGCACAGUCGGGGCUAGGAAAAGCAUUACUACGUGUUAUGAGAAAGCUAAUGCAGUUGACCGUAAUAGAGAAUGAGUGGUUCAGAAGCCGCUUGGGAUAUUAGUAGGAAUAGAAACUGGAAGGCAGUGUAGACACAUACCUAUAAGGGCUAAAUGCCAAAUUUCCAGUAGGAAUGGAAAACAGAAGGAAAAGUACAAUAUAGCUUCCUUGUGUUAGGAAAUGGCUGGGACAGAGGGUAGAUCAGUUGUAUAUAUUUAAAAGGGCGCUGGGAGAAAGGAUCGCAAAAUCAGAAGAGACUGAUCUCUUGUUUAUGCGAACAGCCAGUGCGCAGCUUCUGCAUUUCAGCAUGAGGACGGAGAUAAAAUGAAGUCCUCGUCAGUGUGGUUUAUAAGUAGCAAUAAAUCAGUCAGGCUAAUACUGCAGAUUAAAAAUGCUGAAGCUCAUGUGGGCUGAAGAUAUAAAUGAUACGUUUUUACUGUCACAGUGACCUACAUAAACCUACAUCACCAUGGCCCUAAUAACAAAUUCAUUCUGUGCACAGAGGAGCUCUCUGACAAAGCUCUGUUUGCUGAGGGCUUGUGCCCAGCCUCACUGAAGAGCAUUUUGCUGUGUCCUCGGCAGACCUGUCUCUUGGUGGAGAUCUGAGGUAUUUACCUAUCAGCCAAAAAAAUGCUCAAAACUGAGCAAGGGGUUAAAGUGCUGCUGAGGAACAGAUGUGAGGAUGGUCAGUGUGGAGGCCUCCCUGCUGCAAGCUCUGAUGAUUUGGAGGUAUUGCAAUUUCCAUUCCCCGUCUGACAUGAUCAGGAAGGGUGAGCUCUCAGUAGGAAGAUAAAGCCUGUGAGCUGCAGGGAUUUUAAUGAAAUGAAAUUUCUUACAAGGCCUCCUACUCUUUGCAAGUCUGAGAAGCUGCAAAUUAGCAGGAGCCUUCCUUUUCCCAUCCUUUACCCUGUCUAAACAAUGAUUUUAAACAGCAGUCAGGGGGAAAGGGAAGCUUAUCCCAGGACCUGUGCUGGCCAAGAGCAGACUUUGCAGCAGGGUGAAAGAAGGCUGCUCUGACAAGUCUGGAAGACAGCCGGAUACAUUUAUGUACAGAAGAAGCCUCCACAGUGGGGAGAAGGCCAUUUGGUUAUGUCAAAGAGCAUUGCCAUGAAGAAAGAUAUGUGAAAAUAGCUUUAGGAAAUACGCUAACACAUUUUGUGAUGGAAUAAAACCAACGAUUCGUUAGCGUCUGGAGGAUUUCCCCCUUUAAGGGGUUUCCCUAUUGCUAUGCAGUUUCCCGUGUUUCUGGCAUAUGCUAACCCAGCAAGUGGCUACAGUCAGCUUGCAGUAAGAUGCCACCACUGCUUAUGCAUCAUACAAACACUGCGUACAUAUAUGUGCACAAUCACUGUCCUGCCUGGCCAUUGGGUAUAUUGAGGUAUGAUAGAAACCUCUUUUGGUUGAGGGAAAUAGCAAAAAAACAGCUUUUUUUUUUUUGGGGGGGGGGGGGGGAGGGAGAGGGGUGAUAGGCCUUCAGCUCAGUGUAAUUUCUUGGGUAUUUCUUUUCUAUUUUUUUGACAAUUUGUUCUUGAAAAUCAUCUGUCUCUCUCCACAGUGUGGUUGUUCUAAAAGCAGAAAAAAAUGCCUUUCUGGUCAAAUCAUUCAUCUGUGUAGCCCAAGGACUCUCUCUGACUCUGGCCAUAUCAGAUGCUGCUUUAGGGCAAAAUAUGAGGCUGGCCUCUUCUUGCAGGCAUUUCCCCUUGUACCACUCUCAGUAUCCACAUUUGAUUUUUGGGGGUAUUAGAGGGUUCUUCUCUUCCUCGUCCUUUUUGUACUGUUCAUGAACUCCUUUCCUAUGGAUUUAUCUAGACCCAUUUGAAGCUGCUGCUAUUAUCUGCCUCCAUAACCUCCUGUCACAGUAAGUUACGGAAUUGUAAAAAAAGUACCCACUUUAAUCUGUUUAAACUAAUCUCCUAGAUAUUGCUUUCAUGAUUUUAUAAUCCACAAUCGUUUUUCUUCUCUGUGUUUUCCUCUCCAUGACAAAGAGCCCAGUAUUUCUAGGUUCUCCCAUCAGGCAGCUGUUGGAUCAUUUUCAUUGCUUUUCUCUGUACCUGCUUUAACUCUUCUGCAUCCUUCCUCAGCUGCAGAGGGCAGACCAUGAACUGUCCUCGAGUGGGGCUAAUUCAAAUUUAGAAAUGGCAGCAAAACAAUGCCCUCUGACUCAUUCUUGGGACCCUUUUCCUUGAUAUUGUUUUGGCGUUUAUUGACAACCAGAGACUUGUUAAUGAUUACACUUAAGAUCUUCUUUUUUUCUUCUUUUUUGACGUGCUGCUGUUAGUUCUGUAUCCAGCAUGCUGUAGGCAUUGUUUUGAUUAUUUUUUCCCUAGCUGCGCUGCCUUACAUUUAUCUGAAGCCUAUCUGCCAUAUAUUUGCCCAUUUAGUUGUGUGUGGUCUUUCCAGAGUUCUUCAUCAGCAUAGCAUUUGGCUGCCUGGAGGAGUUUAAUACAAUCUGUAAAUCUGGAAAUUUUGCUGUGGUUUUCCUUCACCAGGACUCUGAUGAGUGUGUUGGAUGGAACUGGAUCCAGCAUUUUUUCCUGAAAAGUGAAAAGCCACGUUAAGACUAUCCUCUGUUUCCUAUCCUUUAGCCAGGUUUCACUUCAUAAGAGAAACCUUUUUUCCAACUCUGUGGCAACCUAAGUUCCUUUGAAAGCACUCUUCCAGCAUGAUUUUGGCACGUCUCUGCUUUCUGUGUUGUUUUGAUUGUAAAACACUCCACAUCUUGGCACCCAGCUCAAGCUUUGACUUGAUAUGGUCUGAACAGUUGCCUUCACAGUGGGUUUGGGGUCAGGUUUGCUCGCAGCAGAGUCAGCUUUCCUUUUUUGAAAAAUCAAUGAGGAUAUAUUCCUUUGGACCAAGCCUAGUGAUAAUUAGGCUCAGAGAAUGCCAGACCUGAGUUUCCUGGCUGCGUCUCCACUUCCAACACCUCCGUAUGGAGAGAGCCCAGAGGAGGUCGGGGCCAGAAAUGAAACCACUGCUCCCACCACAGCUCCUGUCCCUGCCUCUCCUCCUUCCAGGAGUGAUUAAAGUAAGGUCGCUGGCUAGCCUAUAUCAACACAAGAGCUUUCACCCCAUACAGACACAGCUCAGCUCACAGUGCUGGGAAAGCCAGCAUGCUCUUUUUCUGUCUUUAUUUUUUUCCUUUCCAUUUCUCUCCCUUCAUCGUUCUCUGCCCAUCUUCUCCCUAGUGAUACUUGGGCUGGUGCGGAGGCUCAUCAGCUCUCUCUCAGCACACAGUGCUCAAGGUUGUUCUUCCUUGUCCUCACUCCUUUACAACAGUGUGCAGUCAUUAAUUUGCCAAGUAAGAUAAGGUCAGACAAGGCAAAGAAGGGAGAAUUAUAUUUUUUCCCUGCCAGUUUCUGAGUUGAUUUGAAAUAGUUAUUUUUUCACAUGUGUUUGUCAUUUCAGUUGUGUUAUAUCUUUAUCCUAAGAGGUUCAUAAUGUUCUUUUCAUGCAGAUAUCCUCCCAGAGGAGGAUGCAACAACAAAGCAAUUCUGAAAAGUCACCAAAUGAAUUAAUGUGCAAAACAUUGGUCCAUGUGUUUUUGAAAAGACAGAAAGGGAUCCAUGGAGCCCAGGAGAAGGGGUUCCAGCUGAUGGGGCCUCCCAGGGGAGGGCUGGAGGUGGGCAGAUGAAACGGCUCUAAUUUACCAGUUAAAAGAGAUGGGAAAUUGCAUGGUCAUUAGGAGCAUUUCAGCUAUGGAUGCCGAGAUAAUGGCAAGCAUAAACACAUCCAGUGCUUCAAGAAGGAAGGUGGCCCUAUAGACAUUAGAGAUGCUAUUUUCCUUUGUUGUGUUUUGGUCAGCUUAUGUGCUUCUUCAUGGUGGGGUUUUCUUCAGUUUGGUACUUGGGUAAUGAUACAGCUGUUCCCAUUGAUAUAGGUUCCUAACAAGGAUCUUCUCCAGUUUCUUAAUCUUACUGAUUCUCUUUCAUCCCAAACAGAUGAGAAAACAUUAUCUUGCUGAGGAUGCAUUGUCAGUGGAGAGUGAAAGGAGACUGAAGAAAAAGCUGAGUGCUCAUAAUAAGGUAGCUGGUGAAGAUGAUCAUAGAAUCACAGAAUGGCUUAUGUCGGAAGGGACCUUAAAGCCCACUCAGUUCCACCCUCUGCCAUGGGCAGGGUGCCACCCAACAGCUCAGGCUGCCCAGGGCUCUAUUCAACCUGGCCUUGAAUGCCUCCAGCGAUGGGGCAUCCCAACUUCUCAGGGCAGCCUGUGCCAGCACCUCACUACUCUUGUUAACAUUAAGCUUUAUCAUGAGUACAAGCCUUUCUGUGCUCUGCAGGGUAAGAACAUCCUAGGGCACCACUGGCCCAUUGACUUUUUGUUGGUGUCAUGAGUGUAACAGCCCCCUGUGAAGGGCUUGGAAACAGGAGUUGUUGUGCUAUGAUCCAUUGAGGUGUUGUGGAUCAGCUCAGGAAGGAGCUGUCAUUUCUUACUUUUGAACUGAGUAUUAAGGUGCUGCAGGAAAACUUGGGGACAACAUUUCAGUUUAGCUUGUGACUCACUAUAUCGGAAUAGCCACAAACACAGCAUAGAUAAUAACAAAGGUUUUUUGCUUUUAGGCUGCCUGAUUGGAGAGUUGCUCAGGGCUGAAGAAAACCCUGGGAAUCUUGAAUGAGGAAUGUGUUAAAAUAAUGCCUUUGCUGUAUACAUAAUCACUCUUGAGAAAUGAUCACGUACUUGAAUCGUGCUUUGUAGUUUCUAAAACCAAAUUUGCAGUCACUCCUUUGAUACUUACAGUUAAAGCUCUGCCCUUGAUAUUUCCUAUUUCUUCUGUUUCAUAUUAUACUUUAGUAUAAAAUAUCAAGUAAAAUUGUUACUGUUUUCUUCCAGGAAUAAAGUGUGGUUUUUUGCUUUU